AUGAAUCGAUCACAACACCCCCUUGACAGACUGGUUAAAGGAGUCACUUCGGGUAUUGGCUUCGCAACGGAAGUGCACGCAUACAAAAAAGCGCAAAAAGCAGCCAGAAAAGAGCGGGAACAAGGGCAGCAGCGGCAGCAGCGGCAGCAUCAACAAGAACAAGAAGAAACAUCGCACUCUGUCUCUCCGUCCCCCCCACCAUAUACAGAAUACCCUCUAGAAGAGCAAAAUAGGACUCUUGACGAGAAGAAGGGAAAUGGCGCAGCCGACUCCACCACUGCUCAGGAAGAAGUCGAGCGCUCAUGGCAACUCGACGAAGCACAAGACGUCAUAGUUGGAGGCUCUGAGCCUCACAAAAGCAAAAAAGGAGUCGCUAACCCUGACAAAGUCAUUGGCGCCUUUCUUCAACGCCAUCCUCCUCAUGCAUCAUCAUCGUCAUCACCAUCAUCGCCAGACGGCGUGCAUCUCGUGUCCAAACUCACGUACCCGGUUGCUAUACCCCAACGGCGUCCGAAAGAUAAGAAGCGUGGGUUUAUACGCGCGUACGCGCCAGAUCUGCAAAACGUGGAUAUUGACCAAGAGGCCUGGUUCGAUUUUAUCGAGACGCUCAAUGAAGCCAGUCUCGCGAAUCCGUGGAUUAACGCUAUUAAUUUGGCGUCGAUUGCGGCUUCCCCGCUGCCCUUUGCGAUUUCGACUGCGAUUUCGAUGGCGAUCAUGGUUGCUACGGAUGUUGCGAUUGAGGCGCAGAGUCGGUACCGACAAAACAAAGCUCUCGACAGACUCAACAAUGAAUUUUUCCGUCCCCGCGGCCUCUACUGCCUCGUAAUGACAUGGGACCCCACAUCCUUUGAUGCCCGCACCAACGUCGACGUCAACGCAACCAUUCAAAACACGAUGGACAGUCAGGGGAGAAUGUCCCACAAAUUUCAGUCUUCCAACGGCGUGACCAAUGGAAUGGAGUCUAUACAGACUGCAGAACUCAUCUUCCCGGGUCUUGACUUUCUCGCUACUGCAACAAGGGACGAGCAAAGGGGAUUCAAGAAAAAGAUGGAGCGCGGCAAGCUGUUCGUUGAUGAUUAUAUGGAUCGGAGGGCGCAGACUAAAUUUCUCACUGAGAAUCCAAACAGCCAUCUUACCCAAGGCGGAAAACCAAACUUCCUCUCCAAAUACGCCGAUCCAACCCAUCCCAUGCAUAGCGGUUUAUCCGGAAGCAUGAUGGGAGGAGCUCAACAGCAGAGCCGUGGCUUUGGCCCGAGGGGCGGUAUGGGUGGCAGGAGCGCUAUGGGACGAGGCCUCGGAGGACGAGGUGGUGGUCUUCUCGGGCUGGUCAGCCUAGCUGCACAGUCUGUUGGUGAUCAUGGCCAACAAAAAAACGACUACAAUAACCGCAGUAAUCCACCUGCUCCUUAUUCCAGAUCUUCUGGAUAUUCUUCAGCUCAGCAAAACCCAUACAAUCGGAAUUAUUUCCCUGGGCCGGAUGCUGGUUCUAACUUUGGGUAUUAUGAUGAGCGCGGGGGGAGCAACAACGAUACCAGCAAGCCGGUGCUGGCACUGUUGCACGUGGGGGUCUAA